AUAGACAACAACAACACAACAUCUAUAAAAUGACGUUCGUAACAUCGUCUUUCUAUUUAGGAAUUUUAACAGGGACAAUAAUUUACCUGUAUUUAAUAAAGCAGGUAAAAAAUAAACAGAAAACAAGGAAGAAAUCACUUGGCAGUAAAGUGUUAUUUUUCCCUGAUAAGCAAAUUGCCUGUAAAUCACAUUUUGUUGACGAGUCAGGUUGUACAAGCUUCCCGUGUCAUUAUUCGCAUUCGCCUACAAGUCUGAGUUUUCUCUUCCAGUUGUUAUGUUCAGCUCGUAAGUCAAUUGAUAUAUGUGUCUACAUCAUCUCGUGCCACGAUUUGGUCGACAUUCUCAUCAAACUCAAUGCAAUGGGAGUCGCUAUUAGACUCAUUACUGAUGACGAGUAUGAAGAUGUAAAUAACUCGUGGAUUUGGAAACUUCGUAGUCAAGGUAUUAUGGUCAGAACUGAUAAAACACAAUUCCUCAUGCACCACAAAUUUGUCAUCAUUGACAGCAAAAUCGUGUGUAGUGGCUCAUUCAACUGGACUUCUGAUGCAAUCACAGUUAACCAUGAACACUUGACCAUCAUUAGAGACUAUGCUGUUGUCACAAAGUACUCCUCAGAAUUUGCAAAAUUGUGGAACUAUUUUAAAUAUCAGUCCAAUCCAUCAGUGAAUUACACAUCCGAGGACUCACAAAGUAAAGAAAUUAGAUUCAAGAGAAGAUGAUUUUCAUUGAUUUCAUCUAAAACAUAUUUGUUUUCACAAUUCUCAUCUUCUCCGUCUUUCUCCAUGUCUUUUUUCCUACACAUACUUUUACUCUCGUCAACUUCAUUCUUCUUUCCAUUGUUGCAACUAUCCCUGUUGAACAUAGCUAAAAUUCCAUCUCAUUAUCAUAAAAAUUGGUAAGGCGGUGAGCUGGCAGAAUCGUUAGCACGCUGGGCAAAAUGCUUAGCAGCGUUUCAUCUGUCUCUACAUUCUAAGUUCAAAUUCCACCGAGGUUGACUUUGCCUUUCAUCCUUUCGGGGUCAAUAAAUUAAGUACCAGUGAAACAUUGGAGUCAACAGAAUCGACUAGUCCUCUCCGCCAAAAUUUCAAACUUUGUGCCUAUGGUAGAAAGGAUUAUCAUUAAAAUCAGUGACACCAUUACGGUCAGCUCUCAUUUCAUCUCUUUUUGGUGGUAUCCAACAGAAAAUCAACAAUAGAUUGACCAGAAAUAAAGAAAAAAUUAUUCAAAUUGUUAAUCUUAUCUAUCCUCUGAUUCACCAGUCAGCAAUUCAGUGGGAAUUAUCUAAAAUUAUCAGCAAAUAUGACAAACUGUAUUCUACAUACACACACAUGCUCAUUUCUGUGUCCGUCUGUAUAUAUAUAUAUAUAAAAUAUAUAUAUAUAUAUAAAAUAUAUGCAUAUAUAGUUUAUAUAAAAGUAUAGUUAUAUAUAUAUGUAUGUGUGUGUGUAUGUGUAUGUUUUCCCAACUACAUGGUUCUGGGUUCAGUCCCUCUGCAUAGUAUUUUGGGCAAGUGUCUCCUACUAGAGUCCCAGGCUGACCAAAGCCUUGUGAGUGGAUUUGGUAAACAGAAGCUGAAAGAAGACAGUUGAGUGUGUGUGUGUGUGUGUAUACAAGGGCGUAUCCAAAAGAAACCAGAAUUUUUGCAAUAUUAUUUUAUCUACUUAGUUUUACAUGUUUACACAUUUAUCGCCUUCAAAGUAUUAUCCGUUUGAAGCAAUGCAACAGUCCAGAUGCAUUUUCCACUGUUCAAAGCAGUUCUGGAACUCUUGUGAAGUGAUGCCUCCAUCGUCUUUUUUCUUCUCCUCCACAUCUGCAAAACGUUUUCCUUUUAGGAAUUUUUUUAUUCAGGGUAACAAAAAAAGUCACGGAGCAAAUUCAACUUCCAACUGUUCUUUCUGUUCACAACACACAUUCAGUUGUAACUGCUUUUGAUCUGUGAGCAAAUGAAGCACAAAUUUUGCUGCAACUCUUUUCAUUGAGAAUUCCUCAUUCAAAAUUCGUUGACAGGAACUCCAGGAAACACAGUUAUAUCAGCAAGUUCAUCAGUUGUUCAGCAGCGGUCCUCCAAGAUCAGUUCAUGAAUUUUUGUGAUGUUUUCAUUCGUUCAGGGGGUCGAUGGUUGCCCUGAAUGAGGUUGGUCUUCAAGUGACAACUAACCAUUCCUAAAACAUGAAAACCACUUGUAAACUUGUGUUUUGGACAUGGCAGCAUCCUUGUAAGCUGUUUGAAGCAUGACAACUGUUUUGGCUGCUGUUUGCCCCUGCAGGAAACAAUUUCACGGAAGCACGCUGUUCCUUUGUUUCAGCCAAAGACAUGCUACAUGGUAGUACGACUUCACAUGAUGCUGUCGGUUGGCAGACUGCUGCUCAAGGGUUGCAUCAAGUGUCUUCUAGCGGUGGAAGCCUGAGAGAACGUUUCCAGUUACUUUAGGGUAUCUCCUUGUAUAUAUAUUAUAUAUAUAUAUAUAUACACUCACUACAUAGAUACAUGUGUGUGCACGUGUUUGAGUUUUCUUGUCUUGACAACACAUGGUUGUUGUAAAUGAGUGUCGCUUGUUCAAGCAGUGUCAUUUGCAGUAUUCUAAGAAAAUAUUACCUUGCUUGUAAACAGGUCAGUGUUGGCAACAGAAAGGGCAUCUGGUUGUAGAAAAUUUGUUUCAAUAAACUCCAGCCCAUGCAGGCAUAGAAAAGUGGACAUUAAGACAACGAUGUAUAUCUGAAUAUAUAUAUGUGUGUGUGUAUGUGUUUAUAUAUAUAUAUAUAUAAUAUAUGUAUGUGUGUGAAUAUAUAUUGUGGAUGUAUGCACAUGCACACAAAGUGAUGAAUGUAAUGGUACAAAAAAUUUUUUUACUAUGUUUAUAAAGUAUCAUUUGAACGAUUGAGAAAUGUCUUUCACCUCAAUAUUUCAUCCUUAUUCUCAGAACCAUUAGCAGACCGGGCAAAAUGCUUAGCAGUAUUUCAUCUGUCUUUACGUUCUGAGUUCAAAUUCCGCCAAGGUUGACUUUGCUUUUCAUCCUCUUGGGGUCGAUAAAUUAAGUACCAGUUGCAUACUGGGGUUGGUCUAAUCGACAGGCCCCCUCUCCCAAAAUUUCGGGUCUUGUGCCUAGAGUAGAAAAGAAUAUUUCAUUCUUAUUCUGCAUAUCUAUUUUCUCAUUGAAAGUUGUAUUUUUAUAAUAAAGCCUUUUUGAAGAAAAAUUUGUAUUUU